CUUCUGACGUGGACGCAUUCAUAAUUUAAGCCCUCAUCCACCCUCUUCCCAACGAAUUCCUUGUACGAUUCUCAUCCCAUCCAUUCCAGCUCUGCUCCGAUCUCGAGCUUUCUUGCUCCAAGCCGCGAGUUCCAACAACAAUGGCUGACUUCUUGUUCGGGAGCCCGUUCCGCCACCUCUUCCACGCGCGGCCCUUCCCGGCCGUCGAGUGGUCCUCCUCCGCGGCGGCGGCCAUGGACUGGGUGGAGACCCCGGCGUCCCACGUGCUCCGCGUCAACGUGCCGGGGCUGGGCAAGGAAGACGUCAAGGUCCAGGUCGAGGAAGGGAACUUGCUCACCGUCCGGGGCGCCGCCCCGCCCGCGGGGAAGGGGGAGAAGGACGGCGAGGACGGGGCGGUGUGGCACGUGGCGGAGCGCGGUAAGCCGGAGUUCGCGCGCGCGGUGGCGCUGCCGGACAACGUGCGGGUGGACGGGAUCAGGGCCGGCGUGGAGAACGGGGUGCUCACCGUCGUGGUGCCCAAGGAGCCCGCCCCGGCCCGGCCAAAGCCCAGGCCCAUCCCUGUCCACAGUAAGCUCUGAGCUGAUCAGCGAUGCUGAUGCUGCUGCCAACUGCGUGCACAGUGUUCCAGUAUGCAGCAGUCUCUGCCAUGCAAUUUGAUGGAGUUCUGUAAAAAAAUGUGUGCCCAAUGACCGCGAGCCAACGAGUACUAUGCCUGGGUUGAAUAAUAACGUGUGACGCUAAAUUUGCUAUCUGUAGAUUUAUACUUGUAAUAAACAAAUACGACGAUCAUGUAUA